AUGAGACGAUAUUACUUUAAUAUUCCGUGGAAUGUAUUUGAUUUUUGUAUUGUCAUCUUAUCAAUUAUUGGUUUGGUUUUAGAUAUCAUUGCGCAAACCAAUAGCAUUCCAAUUAGUCCUAGUGUAUUGCGUGUUUUACGGGUUUUUAGAAUAACGCGAGUUUUAAGAUUAAUUGAAGUGGCUAAAGGUGUUCGGCGAUUGUUAAUGUCGCUAGCAAUGUCCCUACCAGCAUUACUUAAUAUUGGUUGCCUCCUCUUCUUGGUUAUGUUUAUUUAUGCUAUCAUUGGUAUGUCGUUAUUUGGUAGCAUGGUUCAUCAUGGCACCAUCACUGAUACAAUCAAUUUUGAGACCUUUCCCAAUGCUAUGGCGCUACUCUUUCGAUUAAUGACAGCAGCUGGUUGGAAUGAUGUCCUCGAUUCUUUAAUGACAGAUGGGCCUAACUGUAAUGCAUCGUUAACUAAUCUAGCACCUACUGGAACAUGUGGCAAUCCUGGUGCAGCAAUACCAUAUAUGGUGACAUUCGUAUUUAUAACAUUUUUAGUCUUGGUCAAUAUGUAUGUCGCUAUCAUCUUAAACAAUUAUCAGGAAGUAGUAGAAGACGAGGAAAUUGGUAUUACAACCGGUGAUAUCGACAUGUAUUACGAGCUAUGGUCCAAGUAUGAUCCAUAUGCAACCCAAUUUAUCGAUUACCAUUUCUUGUCACAAUUUGUAGCUGAUUUGAAUCCACCACUCAAGAUACCACAACCGAAUAAAUAUGCUUGUGUUGCUCUAAAUCUACCGUUAUAUGAUGAAGAUCGAUUGCAUUGUUUAGAUAUAUUGGAAGGUUUAUUAUUUCGUGUUCUAGGUAAUCCAUUUGAAGAAGGGACUCAAGCAGUUGAAGAAUUUUUUAUUUUAAAAAGGCAAAUGGAGAAAAAAUUUGCUGAAGCUUUUCCAAACUGGAGAGCAGAUAGUGCUAAUCGUAAUGCUAGAACAACCAUGCAAUUAAGUCGUGAAAAUUGGGCGGCUAAAGUUAUUCAACGCGCCUAUCGCCAAUGGAAAUAUCGAUCAGAUAUCCAUAAGGCAACUUAUCGACAUGUUCAUUCUCGCAGGCGUCAUUAA